AUGCAUCGAAAUCCUCUGCAUAAACAAAAAAAUGGUAUUGGGGUUUCUUUAAUGACGACAGACGACGAAGUGAGAGUUGGUGAAGUACCAUCAGUCGAUAUUGUAGAGUUUGCAGGCGAAGAUUUCAAACCCGAAGCAUACAUUCAAAUGAUCCUGACGAGUACUUCUGAAGAAGGAGUUCGGGCAUUCUAUAAUAAUCUACGUGAAUCAAAGGAAUUAGCGGCUAGUGAUUUACAAAGAAACGUUUACAAAAAUUACAACGAAUUCGUCACGAUAUCUAAAGAAAUAUCAAAUAUCCUUUCCCGAGAUUUCUGUUUAGAAAGCGACAUGUUUGUUUUACGUGGAUUACUCAAUGAAUUACGGAAUGUGAGCAAUAAUUUACGAGAUGAUAGUAAUGUUGAAUCGGCCACUGCUGAUACUGUAACAACUGUCACCUCCGAUCCCAUUAUUCCAAGAGGAAGAAAACCAGUAUCUAAUAAUGCCGCUGAUCUGCAAUCAAUCUGGAAGGCACAAAUUGAAGCUCUUUGGGAAGGCGUCGAGGGAGCUCAGAAACUUGUCCCACUCGAACCUGGUCGUCAUAUUAUUCGUGAAAGUUCAAGCUUUGUUGAAAUUAAUCCGGCAACUAAUAAACCAAAGCAAGGAGUACAAAUGUUUCUACUGAGUGAUUGUUUACUGGUUGCUGUGAAGAAAAAACGUGCAAUGGUGAGGAUUAAGCUUAUAGCUGAACGAUGCUGGGGAUUAAAUGAGAUCACCUUGAUUGAUAUGAAGGAUACGAGUGAACAUCAAAAUUUGAUCAAGAUACUUAAACAUCCGGUCGAUACGUUCAUCUAUAAAGCUGAUAAACCCGAGGAAAAGAAGAAUCUUAUUAGUAUGACUCGUCGUGCAGUAGAAGUGAUGAUGGUGUUCAAAACGAACGGUGUAGAUCAAGCAGGGAAUACUGAUUCGAUAAUAAAUGUUCAAAAUCAACAGCUUUCUCCAUUACUGAGAAGUAUGCCAAGAAGAAGUCGUAGUCCAGCAUCUCCCUUGUUAGGUGCUCCAAGAAACCAAGCAGUUUCUAAGGAGGUAUCAUUGGGUGAUUCUCGGGAAAUUGCUGACUUGACUGAUCAAUUGGAUGUUAGCAUCGCACAAAGAGAAUAUGACGAAGCAGUGGAAAAUAUUGAACGAGCAAAGUCUAUGGUCAAUAAUCUGUCGCUUGAACCUGGGAAGCUCGACGUCAUACGUCGAAAAAUGGAUGAUCGAGUAGUAAGAUUAUCGAAUGCGAUUAGUCGUGAUCUAACAAAUCCUGAUCUCAAAAAAUCUCAAGUGCAAAAAAAUGUUCGAUGGCUUUUACGUUUGGGGUAUGGUGAACAGGCACGACAGAUGUUUUUAGGUGCACGAAGUAAAAUAAUCCGAAUUCGAACAAAACAAUUAAAAUUCGAAGGAGAUAUACCACGAUAUAUUAAUGAAUUAUCGCUCGUAUAUUUCACAUUGGUAAAGAACACUUGUGAUUGGUAUAACGCUGCAUUUAGAGACUUGCGAAUGGCAUCAGGUCUUGUAAAGUGGUCCAAAGAAGAAAUGGAGCAUUAUGCCAGCAUGUUUAGACGACAAGUAUAUAGCAUGCACGAUCCGGACGCUCAGAUUGUUCAAGAGUGUUUGAAAAUUAAUAAGGAUCAUUGUAGUAUAUUACGUGAAGUUGGUUUAGAUCUGAAAUUUUAUCUAGACAAACUGUUGGACCCUAAUGCUGUCCUUCCUGUUUUUGAUCAUGAUGAAAGCGGCUACGCUAUGACAGUGGUGAUUGAAGAACCAGAAGGAUCACACGAUUCUAUGAUUGAUAAUUAUGGAACAGCAGUUUAA